AAGAAAGAUACACUUCCAAUGCCUAAAGCUCCAGGUGGGUCUUCUCACCUCAGGCUAUUUUCACUGGAUCACUGAGGGACUUUCUUAUCAACCUUUCCUGAGUGCUCCAGAGAUGCAGAAGACUAGUAAGAAGAGGCGAGUCUCUCUGGCCAAUGGUAACCUCAGUAAAGCAGCUCAUCGCCUCUUCGUGUACUCAGACAGUAAUUCACACCUUUCUUCCACCCUUCGUUUGGAACGCAGUGCAACGCUGUCCAUCGCCAACCGCACCAGAGGAGCUCAUUUGAUAUUUGGACCUGCGGCGGCAGUAACAGCCCUUCGUAUUGCUCAGGUUGAGACUCAGACACUGAUUGCCCUUCAGCAGCUUGCUUUACUGGCAUCUAUUCUCUCUGGCAAUCAUUGUUGCAACAACGAACUUUCAAGAGUUGUGUUUACCCACCUCGCCCUUCUUGGUCUUCUAAAUAGACAGCAAGUGGCAACUGUGGGGUUAAACCCCACCACGAACUGUAAAGCUUUUACAGUUUCACAACGGAAUCUAUUUGCAACCAUGUAUCACCAGCGACCCCAGCAACCAGGAUCACAACGCUUUCCUAAUGCACCCAGGCCGCCUCUACUCCCGACUCCUCCAAAUCAACAUUCAAACUGCUCAAAUGUGCAAGGAAUGACUUUUCCGUUUCCUCGUCCCACCCAACUUCCUGAAGAGCUGGAGUCAGCCCUAUCUAUCCGGGGCACAAGGGACAUGGACCACCGUCAAAUGGAUCGUGGGAAUCAACCUAGCCACAGCUCAGGUCCUGUGGUUGGUCAACAUGGAGGCUUUGGUUCAAAGCCUUUAUUGCUUUCAGCAGAAAACCCGACUGGUCAUCAACAGGGAAUAAACUGGUCAAACUAUCCACCUCCAAAAAAACUGUUUGCAAGUCCCCCACCGAAUGUCAACCUUCAAGGAACACAACAGCAGACUCAAAAUCGUCAGCCUCAUGGUGGUGGAAGCGAUCCUCAAAAUGUGUACACACCGGAAAGUGCUGGCAGCAUCUUGGCCAGCUUUGGACUUUCAAACGAGGAUUUAGAAGUGUUGAGCCACUACCCUGACGAUCAAUUAACCCCAGACACUUUGCCAUUCAUUCUAAGGGACAUCCAGAUUAACAAGUCGGGCCAGCAGAAAAAUGUUGCUUCCACUUCCUCAAGUUCUUUUUCUCACAACAUCCAUGAAAUGCCAAAACUUGCUACCAGCUCCUCUCAUCCCCCGGAGGUACCGAGCCUACUUACUGUCACACAGACAGCAGGUAAAGUCAUUGACUAUGGUCAUGCCAGUCGGGGAAAAGAUGAGGGUACAUCCAGAGAGACUUUCAAAAGGGAGCCGCUCUCAAGCGAAAGGACAGUUAAAAUGUACCCAACAUCGUCAUCAUCGACCGUUUCAAAAGCGGAUAAACCCGAAAGAAGGCAAAUUCGUAUGGAACGCAAAGAAGCAAACAAGCUUGAAGACAGGGACUAUCGCAGAACAAGCAGUGAGAAACGCCGGAGCAGUCGGUCACCUGCCCGUCAGUAUCCUCUGUCACCCAAAUCUCGUAAUUUGGACAGAGACUACCGACAGGAAGUGUCAAAACCAAGAUCCACGUCAGAAGCCAGGAGUGAUUCUGCCUCAAGAUAUUCUGUGGCCUCGUCAUUGAAUUCACGACCGAGCAGUAGCAAGAAGUUGCCUACUCCAACCAUGAUUAGUGAUUUUUCAGCCAUGCCUCCAAAGGUGUAUCCCCAUACCUGCUCCCUGUGCCACGAACAGUGUGAUGAAGAAAAGGACUGGGUUGACCAUGUAAACACUGUCAACCACACUUCUGCCUGCAGAGACCUGCGCAACAGGUACCCAGACUGGAAGCCCAAUACACCAAGUCGGAGUGGACGAUACGGCAGUCGGGCUCUGUGGGACCCCAAGGAUGGAUCUCCGUUUCAUUCCCGCUCUCGAUCUCCAAGUCCUCCAGCAAGCAGACGUCGGCUGGAGGCCCAUUCCCAUGGAUCACGUGGGAGGCCCUACUCCUCCCAGCACCACCCACGGCCUUAUCAUAACUCAGAACGCAGUCAUCGGUAUGACACCCCUCAUCACGGCUCACACUCUUAUUCCUUUGUGCACCGAACAUCCUCUUCCUCCUAUGUGCACCGGACAUCCUCCUCUUCAUUCAGAGGCUACCAGCAUGAUCGGAGGAGCAGAGCAGGGGGUAAUUCUCGGGGUGCAGUGAAACGGCCACACGAUGAAGACUCCGAUGGCAGCCACCGAAAUCCACCCUCCUCCUCCUCUGCGAGUUCCAAACACGGGUCCUCUAAAAACGUCAAGGAUACGGCCAAACCUGUCACCAAAACAACCAAGACGGCUAUUAAACCUCCACCUGCCAAAAAGAAAAAGAAGGGGAUGACUGCAGCCACCAAUGACUUUGUGGACCGCCUGGUUUACCUGACGGGCAUCCCGACCGAUGCCUCUGAGCAGGAGGUUACCGACAUGGUUGGGGCUUUUGGCAAAAUCAAUAACGUGAUCCUUAUGCCAUGCUCUGAGGAGGAGAGUGAGAAGGCCCAAGGACAGAAGGCGUCUGUAUGUAUGGUUAAGGCGGAGGACGCUCGAGCUUUGGCUUCCUCUUCAAAUCUGCUCAUCAGAAACCAGGAAAUCACAGCUUCAGUGGCAAAGAAGCAAGAAGAUGAAGCCUCAUCUGAUUCCAGCAGCAAACUCAAUCCUGAAGUGGACCCGGGCACAACCGGGAAAAACUCAACAGAAGGAGAAGCUGACCAGAAGACGGUCGAGCAGAAGUGCAGUGUUUUACUAACGGGACUUCCUGAGAGCGGCUGGUCAAAGAACGACAUCCUGCAGCUCACCCAGCCUUUCGGGAUUCCCUCGGAUAUAAUCGUGGCAACAAAUGUCGGAAAGGCCCUGGUGUUCAUGGAAGACAUGGAGGUGGCAGAAGAAAUGGUGAAAGUUCACAACUUCAAAACUCCAAAGAUCCUUGACUGUGAAGUAAAAAUGAGACUUGUCAAACAGAACAUCAGCCUCAGCACCCCGGUGGCUCUUUACAACCUUUUCAUGGCGGAAGGAGAUCCACCAGAGGGUCAAGCUCUAGUCCGCUGGAACAGCCUGUUGGUGAUCAAGAAUGUUCCGGACUCGCCUUCCGGCACCGCUGAGGUCCUGAAACUGGUGCGACGCUUCGGCACAGUCAUAAAGACUCUUGUCUUGGACAACACGAUCAUCUGCGAGAUGGCAACAGUUCCCAUGUCCGUGUCUGUUUACAGGCGCUUCCUGAUGUUUCCGUGCAUGAUCCAGAGCAACCCGCUCUUCUUCUCCCGCAAGCCCGACCCCAAAACCAACACGCAAGCCAAGGUUUUUUCUGUUUGCCACGAUCCAGCCGAGGAUAAACCUGCUAACGGUGAAGACGGCCAAGCAGCAGCAGCAGCAGCACUAGCUGCUGAAGGAGAAGCAACAGUUCAUGAAGAGACUUCAGAACCCCCACUGGAGAAGAUGGAAGAAGAUGAAAAGAUGGGAAGCACAGAGACUGCAGAGGAAUCCGUUGCAGAAAAUGAGAGCAAAGAGGAGAAUAUGGAAACGGAAGAGCUUAAUGCUCCUGAGUCUGCAGCCACGCCCGCUUCUGUAGCCCAAGCUGAUGGGGUCUUAGCGACAGAGUCCAAGCAGACUUCAGCUGAGAAAACAGAAGCCAACGAAGACGCCGCCACGCCUCAGGCGGACAAUGACGGGCCUCCUAAUGCGGAAGAGGCGCAGACAUCUGGCAGUCACGUCAGACCAGAUUGUCAGGAGCCCCCCAUGCCUGAGCUUCCUAAAAUGACCCAAGCCAUGGUGGACGUGCUGCUGGUGGAGUGCAAGACGAGACAUGCCAGCCGGGCCGGCAGCGCCGAAGUGCCCCCCAGUGGAGAGCAGGAGACAGCCCAAGUAAAGACAGAACAGAGCAAAGUGCAGGCUAAUAAACCCACCGUAGAAGAAGAGGCCAAGAAACAGGAAAGGGAGCGAAAAGAAAGGGAGGUUAGGAAGGAGAAAGAGAGGGAAGAGAGGAAGAGGAGGCCCCUGGAGAAGGAGUGGGUUAAGCAGAAGACGAUGGAGCAGAAACCCAAGGAGAAGAGGGAGAGGAAGGAGGAGGAAAGAAGGGAGUGGGAGAGAAAGGAAAGAGACAGGAGGGACUGGAAGAGAGCCCACAAUGACAGUUCUUCAGGGUGGAGGUCCUCCCACAGGUCCGAAUCUAUCAAGCAGAGCUCCAGAAGAGACGAUCGUCGCAGUGCACCGGCCAAAACCACAAAGGUGGUGGUGGUGGAGGAGGAGGAGGAGGAAGAGAACUUUCCAUUUAACCUGAGUGACUUUGUGACUGUGGACGAAGUGGGAGAAGUCCUCGAUCUUCCUGUCCCUUUUCCUCCUGCUGUUCCCCUGGAAACAUCGCAGGAUGCCACCUCCACAACUGUUGAACAGGAACCUCCAGAGGAGAAACCCAAAGAGGCUGAAGAGAGACUCGUGAAAUCUCCUGAAACCGAGUCAGAACAAGCCGCCGUCCUGUCCGCUCAGACUUCAAAUGGUUCAGUUCAGACUGAGGUGAAGGCCAAUCUGGACCCCGAGGCUGACGCUUCACAGGACCGCUCGUCUGAGGCGGAAACGGUUGAAGCCAAAGCACCCGAGGGUGACGCCCAGCCGGAACCAGGUACGCCAUCGCAGCCUGAACCGGGUACGCCAUCGCAGCCUGAACCGGGUACGCCAUCGCAGCCUGAACCGGGUACGCCAUCGCAGCCUGAACCGGACGCAUCAGUUCCACCGCCUCUGGACUCCGCCCCAGAAGUUGAACUUCCUCCUGAAGCCUCAGCGGACUCUUCCUCACAAAGCGUAAAUGAAGAUGCAGUGACUGCAGAGAGGAAAGAAGAAAACGAGAGCGCCCAUCCUCUUGAAAGUCAGGCCGAGAAAGAAGUUGAUGUGUUGGACAGUAAGGAGGAGCAGGAGUGCACGUCUGAAGAGGAGAAGAAUGGAGCAGAAGGCCAGUCAGAGAGCACAGAAGCGGUGAAGCCCCAGAACACUGAUGAUCAUGUCACUAAGGAGACCACAACAACAGCAGAGCUGCCCCUCCCUCCUUAUGACCCCCACCAGCCUGUUGGGAUGGAGUAUUUGAUCCCCAAGACGGGCUUCUUCUGUAAGGCGUGCUCUCGAUUCUUCACCGGAGACAAGGCGAUGGAGAUCAGCCACUGCAAAACCCGCAAGCAUUACGAGAGCCUGCAGAAAUUCCUGCAGACAAAAGCAUCAUCUGUAAAAACGGACUGAAAAUGCUCCUGCAAACAUCUUUUCAGGCUUCGGGUCCAAAUUUGCAUUUUAUUGUGAAUGAUUUUUCAUGACAUAUCUUAGUUACAAUUCUUGGAAUUGAAUUAGUUUCUUUUUUACAUGAGAAGUUCGCUGAAAUGAACGGAAACUGAACCGUGGAUGGAAGAUCUGAAGAACUGUGCACAACCAAUAAAAGGCUUUUACCGUA